CGGGGAGGGGCGGUGCUUCCGCCUGCGCGAGGCCGGGCCGGGCAGCUAGGAGGCUCCCGGCGCAGUCGGGAAGCCGCGCUAGGUGUCGCCGGCCGCGCGGCCAGAUGAAGGGGGCGAUGGAGCUGGAGCCUGAGCUCCUGCUGCAGGAGGCCCGCGAGAAUGUGGAGGCAGCGCAGAGCUACCGGCGGGAGCUGGGUCACCGGCUUGAGGGGCUGCGGGAGGCGCGGAGGCAGAUCAAAGAAAGUGCAUCACAGACAAGAGAUGUUCUCAAACAGCAUUUUAAUGAUUUAAAGGGAACCCUUGGAAAGCUCCUGGAUGAGCGAUUGGUGACCCUUUUGCAAGAGGUGGACACCAUUGAACAGGAGACCAUUAAACCACUAGAUGACUGCCAGAAGCUCAUAGAACACGGAGUCAACACUGCAGAAGACUUAGUCCGAGAAGGUGAGAUUGCCAUGCUUGGUGGUGUGGGAGAAGAGAAUGAGAAACUGUGGAGCUUUACCAAAAAGGCCUCGCACAUUCAGUUGGACAGCUUACCAGAAGUACCUUUACUGGUUGAUGUGCCUUGUUUAUCUGCUCAGUUGGAUGACUCAAUUCUUAACAUAGUGAAAGACCACAUUUUUAAGCAUGGAACAGUAGCAUCUCGCCCACCAGUACAGAUAGAAGAACUAAUAGAGAAACCUGGAGGCAUCAUUGUACGAUGGUGUAAGGUGGAUGACGACUUUACAGCCCAAGAUUACAGGCUCCAGUUUCGUAAAUGUACUUCAAAUCAUUUUGAGGAUGUAUAUGUAGGUUCUGAAACUGAAUUCAUAGUAUUGCACAUAGACCCCAACGUUGAUUAUCAGUUCAGAGUCUGUGCCCGAGGAGAUGGCCGACAGGAGUGGAGUCCUUGGAGUGUUCCCCAAAUAGGUCAUUCCACAUUGGUGCCUCAUGAGUGGACAGCUGGUUUUGAGGGAUACAGUCUGAGCAGUCGAAGAAAUAUAGCACUCCGGAACGAUUCUGAAUCAUCAGGUGUUCUCUACUCCAGAGCUCCGACUUAUUUCUGUGGACAGACAUUAACAUUCAGAGUUGAAACUGUGGGACAACCAGACAGAAGAGACAGCAUAGGAGUGUGUGCAGAAAAACAGGAUGGAUAUGACUCUCUGCAGCGGGAUCAAGCUGUGUGCAUUAGUACAAAUGGUGCAGUUUUUGUCAAUGGAAAAGAAAUGACGAAUCAGUUACCCGCAGUUACUUCUGGGUCCACUGUCACAUUUGACAUUGAAGCCGUGACUCUAGGAACCUGCAAUAAUAAUGAAGGUGGGCACUUCAAGCUUCGAGUAACUAUAAGUUCAAAUAACAGAGAAGUGGUUUUUGAUUGGUUACUUGAUCAGUCAUGUGGUUCUCUUUACUUUGGAUGCUCAUUUUUCUAUCCUGGAUGGAAAGUGUUAGUGUUUUAGAUGUUUGGGUGCUUGGCUUUUGUUUUCAGGGUUUAACAUAGCUGUCCUCAGCCCAGCAUAGUUGUAAUUCCUUUAAAAAAAAAAAAAAAAGGUUGAAUUCAUCUCUAACUUAGGCCAUUGGAAAUGGAAAGUGUUUACUGGAUUCAUUUUGUAAUAUUUUAGCAAAAAGAGACUUGAAUGUUGUGGACAAAAUCAUAUAAUUCAGUCAUUUUUAUUUUUACCAUACUGUUAAAUAUCACAUCACAGUAAAAAUCAAAUUGGUUUUACAAGUAUGAGAAAAUAUAGAAAGUUCUAUACCCUUCCACUCUACUUCUUAAAGUGUUUAUUAGACCAGGAAAACUUAAUGUAAUAUUAUUUUUUAAAUCAUCAUAAAGGAUCCAAGUCCAUGUAACUCUUUAGAAUAAAACAAGAGGAAUAGAUCAGAUAGAAGAAGCUGUGUAAUGUAUUAAUACAUCCACUCAUGUGCUGUCCACAUGAAUGUGUUGACUGUGCUUUCCAUGUUCGGGUAUUUGUAAGCAGUGUAGAAUUUUAUCCCAUCUUCAAUAAUCUUUAAGUCCCCAAAACAUUAUAGUGUUUUCUUUUUUUUUGAGACGGAGUCUCGCUCUUGUCGCCCAGGCUGGAGUGCAGUAGAGUGAUCUCAGCUCAUUGCAACCUCUGUCUCCCGGGGUCAAGUGAUCCUCCUGCCUCAGCCUCCUGAGCAGCUGGAAUUACAGGCGUCUGCCAUCACGCCCGGCUAAUUUUUGUAUUUUUAGUAGAAACGGGGUUUCACCAUGUUGGCCAGGUUGGUUUCAAACUCUUGACCUCAGGUGAUCCACCCGCCUCAGCCUCCCAAAGUGCUAGGAUUAUAUGCGUAAGCCACUGCACCAGGCCAAUUUUUGUAUUUUUUAAAUGCUUGACCAAGUGUCUAUAAUAGGCAAGUAGUACCUUUUGUUCUUUCAUUGCAAUUUGAUUCAGUAUAGGCUACAGUAUUUUUACAGGGUAAAACUACUUAUGGAAGUAGUAUGCACAGCAGUGUUAGCCAUUUCAUAUGUAUGUAACAUGCACAUGUGUGUAUCCAACCUGCCUGUGACGUGCAUUUUACUCUUUGCAGAGUAUGAGCUGCAGUCCAGUUUAAUGUCAGUUUGAUAAGUGGUCUCUUAGCAGACCAAAAAAAUACAGGAUAAAUACUUAACCUAUUUUUUUUGAAAACUUAAAUUUGUGUGUAAAAUAUUUAUUUGAAGGACUUUAAUAUGUAAAAAUAAUUGUCUUGCUAUGCCAGCCGCUACGGAUUUUAUUUUAAUGUGAAUUAUUUUUUUCAUUUUUACCAGUAGUGAAAAAGUAGAAAAGCAAGUAUGAUAUUUUUGUAAGAUAAUUUAUUUGGGGAUUCAUGUUCCCUGUUAGGCAAUCAUGACCUUUUCUCCUUGUCUUUUUAUGUAUAAGUAAGUAGAAUUUCACUUGUUUAGGGAUUAAGAAGAUGUUCUAGAAUGUACAUACCUUGUCCAGCCAUCAGAAUCAAAAUAAAAAACUAAAAAAGUUCA